AUGUCGUGUCGGGAUGUGAUUCCAUCUCUAAAGCCCCCCAGCUUUUGUUUUUUGGGUCCGGCCCACAUUCAUACGCCGCCGAUUCAAACACUGGGAUUCAGCUUCAAAGCGCACCUUCACUUAUGUACCCUACGCUUUGCCUCAAACCGAGUUGUAUCCGGUUUCCUCCCGCCAGACGGAGUCCUAUCCCAGCAGGACAAAACCGCACCCCUUGCAAGAUCCGAACCUAACAAGACAUCGUCAUCCUUCGACCGGGCCAUCAACAAGGACAACAAGGACUUUGACUAUGCCAACCAAAGGAGGGGCUACUAGAUUCUAGAUCUUAAGCGCCAGACCAAGAAUUUUCGACUUUCAGAUUUUCUGAGUUUGUAGUAUCCCUGUCCCGUUCCGUCCCGUCCCGUCCCGUCCGACUAGACAUUAC